GGCCGCUUUGUUUUGAGUAAUGCUACUGUGAAGAAGUCCAAACUCUUGUUUUUAAGCUUGGGUUCUGUUGAAUACUGCUGCUUAUGGGUCUGAAAUCUGUUUACUCCCGUAAAAGUCGUCUGAACCAAGUUUAAUAAAUCAGUACAUUUCAGGAAUCUAUCGUCACCACAACGCAGUAAAUAAAUGGAGAAAGCGGUGGCGGUUAAGCCCCAAAAAAAUGGAGGAGAUGGGCGUCGACAGUGCUCCAUCUGCAACCAAAGAAGGGCCGCCCUCAAACGGCCCAAAACCCUAGAACAGAUUUGCAGAGAGUGCUUUUAUGCGGUAUUUGAGGAGGAGAUCCAUAGGGUUAUCGUGGACAACCAUCUGUUCAAGCCUGGAGAACGUGUUGCCAUCGGAGCUUCUGGUGGAAAAGAUUCUACUGUUCUUGCUUACGUAUUGUCAGAAUUGAAUCAGAGGCAUGAUUAUGGCCUGGAUCUCUUCCUCUUGUCAGUUGAUGAAGGCAUCACAGGGUACAGGGAUGACUCACUGGAAACUGUCAAAAGAAAUGAAAUCCAGUAUGGACUUCCGCUUAAGGUCAUCUCGUAUAAGGAUUUGUAUGGGUGGACAAUGGAUGAAAUAGUGAAGAUGAUAGGUUUAAAGAAUAAUUGCACAUUUUGUGGUGUUUUCCGUCGCCAGGCCCUUGAUCGUGGUGCUGCGCUGUUGAAAGUAGACAAGCUAGCCACCGGGCAUAAUGCGGACGAUAUUGCUGAAACAGUUCUCUUGAACAUAUUACGAGGUGACAUUGCUAGGUUGAGUAGAUGCACAUAUAUAACCACCGGGGAAGAUGGACCAAUUCCAAGAUGCAAACCCUUUAAGUACACAUACGAGAAGGAAAUUGUUAUAUAUCCUUUGUUGAAUAGCUGAGUUCGUUUGCCUUCAUUUGAUCUUCUUUGUCUUCUUGAGCAACUACAUUUUAUGUCAUGCUUCCUUUCCUUUUUGUUUUAGUUGCAAUACUUUAACUAGCUGUUCACGUAUGCAUACUUCAAAAGGCUGGACUACUUCUCCACUGAAUGUGAGUGUUAAGCUCCAUUUCCUUUUAAACUUUUCAUUAUGCAGUUUUGAGCUUCUUUAUGUUAAGCACCCUGGGGUUGUUGCUUCUUUCAUCUUGUUUUGGCCCUAUUCUUGUGCCUGUUUUCAUGUCUUUCUAUGGUGGAGAAAAUCCAUCUCAAUGAAAAUGGCCGGUUGAUGAGUAUCACAUCUGAACAUUUAUGUUAGUGUUGCUUAUGACUUUUGAAUUUCCUCUUUGCAGCUUUGGCAAUUUGGCAAAUGGUGAUACUUAUUUAACCAAUAGCACUACAGGAAUUGGAGUUGUUUUUAUUUUAAUUUGGAUGUAAUAUCUCACACACGAACACACACACUGAUUUUCCAUUUCAUUUAGGAUGUUUUUCCUGCACAGAAUGUGUCUUUUUUCUUAUCACCUUCCAUUUUAUACUUGUGAUCAUAAUUGGUUCCUUUUGGUUUAUUUGUUUGUUAUAAAUUGAUAUUGCAUCCUGGUGCUGGCAUAUUGUACUGGAUUCUAUAGUUUCUUCUUUAAAAGUUCUCAAAUAAUGCAGGCAUAUAUUCUCCAAAUGCUUAUCGUGGUUUUGCUCGAGAGUUUAUCAAGGAUUUAGAAAGGAUCAGACCCAGAGCCAUAAUUGACAUUAUUAAAUCAGGCGAAGAUUUCCGGAUCUCCACUUCUACGAAAAUGCCGGAGCAGGGAACCUGUGAACGAUGUGGCUAUAUUUCUAGCCAG